AUCCCCUGCCCCAUCUCCUUUCUCUCUCUCUCUCUCCCCCCGCGUCUCGUCCUUCCCCACAAAACAUUUCUACUGCCUGCUUGCUUGCUCCUCCUCCUGCUACUACUACUCGCUUCCCCUUUCCGCCUUCCUCCCCAUCCCCAUCCUCUCCUCCCGCUAGGGUUUUCCUCCCGCCGCCGCAGAAGGAGCAGCGGCAGAAGCGUACGUGAUGCCGCCCGUCGCCAUGGCGCCGCCGCCGCAGGGCCCCUCCGCAGGGGACCCGCUGUUCAACGAGCUAUGGCACGCCUGCGCCGGCCCGCUCGUCACCGUCCCGCGCGUCGGCGACCUCGUCUUCUACUUCCCGCAGGGCCACAUCGAGCAGGUGGAGGCCUCCAUGAACCAGGUCGCCGACAACCAGAUGCGCCUCUACGAUCUGCCUUCCAAGCUGCUCUGCAGCGUCAUCAACGUCGAGCUCAAGGCGGAGGCCGACACCGACGAGGUCUACGCGCAAGUCAUGCUCAUCCCGGAGAACGAUCAAAACGAGAUGGCGGUGGAGAAGUCGAGCUCCAAAGCAGCCACCACGCUAGCAAAGCCGGCGGUACGGUCCUUCUGCAAGACGCUGACGGCGUCCGACACCAGCACACAUGGCGGCUUCUCUGUGCUGCGCCGCCACGCUGAUGAGUGCCUCCCUCCUUUGGAUAUGACCCAGUCGCCUCCCACACAGGAGCUCGUGGCCAAGGAUCUGCAUGGCAUGGACUGGCGCUUCCGCCACAUCUUCCGAGGACAACCUAGGAGGCAUCUCCUUCAGAGCGGUUGGAGCGUGUUUGUCAGUUCCAAAAGGCUUGUUGCUGGGGAUGCCUUCAUUUUCCUCAGAGGAGAGAGCGGCGAGCUUCGUGUUGGUGUUAGGAGGGCUAUGAGGCAGCUGUCCAACGUGCCAUCUUCAGUCAUAUCUAGCCACAGUAUGCACCUUGGAGUGCUUGCUACUGCAUGGCAUGCAAUCAACACGAAAAGCAUGUUCACUGUCUACUACAAACCUAGGACGAGUCCUUCAGAAUUCAUAAUACCAUAUGAUCAGUAUAUGGAGUCUGUGAAAAACAACUAUUCUAUUGGGGUGAGAUUCAGAAUGAGAUUUGAAGGAGAAGAGGCACCAGAGCAGAGGUUUACUGGUACUAUCAUCGGCAGUGAAAAUCUUGACCCACUCUGGCCUGAAUCAAGCUGGAGAUCCUUGAAGGUGCGUUGGGAUGAGCCUUCGACUAUUCCGCGUCCGGACAGAGUCUCUCCUUGGAAAAUAGAGCCCGCUUCAUCACCUCCUGUUAACCCGCUUCCUCUUUCUCGGGUCAAAAGACCAAGGCCAAAUGUUCCUCCAGCUUCUCCUGAAUCAUCUGCUCUUACAAAAGAAGGUGCAACUAAGGUUGAUGUGGAUUCUGCUCAAGCACAACGAAAUCAAACUAGCAUGGUCUUGCAAGGUCAAGAACCUAUGACCUUGAGAAGCAACAACCUUACUGACAGCAAUGAUUCUGAUGCCACUGUUCAGAAGCCUAUGAUGUGGUCACCAUCCCCCAACAUUGGAAAGAGCCGUCCAUUAACGUUUCAGCAAAGGCCCUCUAUGGAUAAUUGGAUGCAAUUGGGAAGACGUGAAACUGAUUAUAAGGAUGCAUCUUCUGGUGCCCAAUCUUUUGGCGAUUCCCCAGGCUUCUUCGUGCAGACUUAUGACGAGGCUCCUAACCAUCUUGCUUCAUUCAAGAACCAGUUUCAGGAUCAAGGUCCUGCUCGUCACUUCUCAGAACCUUACUUCUUUAUGCAUCAGCAACCCAACUUGACUGUUGAUUCAAGCACAAAGAUGCACCCAGAGACCAAUGAGUUGCAUUUCUGGAACGGCCAGAACACUGUGUAUGGUCAUUCUGGAGAUCAAUCACAAGGUUUCAGAUUUGAAGAACACCCCUCAAACUGGUCAAGCCAGCAGUUCUCCCGGGUUGAACAGCCACGAGUUAUCAGGCCUCAUGCAUCAAUAGCUCCAGUUGAUUUAGAGAAAACAAGAGAAGGCAGCGGCUUCAAGAUCUUUGGGUUUAAGGUUGAUACAGCGAGUGCCCCUACUAACCAUUUGAGCUCCCCAAUGGCUGCAACUCACGAGCCUGCGCUACAAACUCAGCCAUCGGCAUCACUAAAUCAGUUGCAACAUGCACAAACUGAUUGUUUUCCUGAGGUAUCUGUAAGCACUGGUGGAACAAAUGAGAAUGAGAAAAGCAUCCAACAAGCUCCACAAAGUUCAAAAGAUGUCCAAAGCAAGUCCCAUGGUGCUUCGACAAGGAGUUGCACAAAGGUUCAUAAGCAAGGUGUUGCUCUUGGCAGAUCAGUUGAUCUCUCAAAGUUCAGUGACUAUGAUGAACUGAAAGCUGAGCUAGACAAGAUGUUUGAAUUCGACGGUGAAUUGAUGUCUUCAAACAAGAACUGGCAGAUUGUUUACACUGAUAAUGAGGAUGACAUGAUGCUUGUCGGAGAUGAUCCAUGGGGAGAAUUCUGCAGCAUAGUGCGCAAGAUCUGUAUUUACACCAAGGAGGAGGUCCAGAAGAUGAACUCGAAAUUAUCUGCCCCAAGAAAGGAGGACGGUGCAGCGCCCUGUGAUGGUGCAAACGAGAAUGCAGCUCUUCCCGCACCAGGCAAUUUAGAUAACUAGGUUGUGUUUAAGCCGGUUGAGGCAUGAGGUGAGGUAUCGCACGGGGAGCUGUCCUGUCCUGCCUGCGGGUCCCAGCCAAGAAGUAACUCCUGUUGUCGAUUGCUAUUGGUGAUCGCCCCCUGCACCCCUCCUGAUGCAAACCCUUUUAAUUCGGAUCUAGUUGCUUAGGAAAUGUAGAGACUCUGCGUAAUUCCUUAUCCCUGGUUUGCUCUUGGCUUAAAAGUUAGAUGGCCGAGAUGAUUAUUGUUAUCCCCCUUUGCUUGCAUGCUCCCUUGCUUCAUUUCACAGCACCCCCUCCCAACUGCCUGUGUAAAUAUUUAUCCAUCAACCAUGGUCGUAGCGUUAGUACCUGUAUUAAUUAGUUAUCCAGCAGCAGAGGCCAGAGUGAGAGUCACAAUUGGUAAAAUGGCGAGCAAACAAUGGUAUAUGUACCGUCUAAUUAAUCCUGUUUUCGAUGUAUUAAUUGGUUAUAGAGUGAGCUUAAGGC